AUGCCUCGCACCACUAAGGCAGACAUAUCGGGGCCCGAGCUCGAACAGGUAUCACCCAGUGCUAAAAGGAACGAACAGCAGAGGGCGGGGGGCGGCGACAGAGGGGCGGUGGGCGGCGACAGAGGGCGGGGGGGCGGCGACAGAGGGCGGGGGGGCGGCGACAGAGGGCGGGGGGGCGGCGACAGAGGGCGGGGGGGUCGGCGACAGAGGGCGGGGGGGCGGCGACAGAGGGCGGGGGGGCGGCGGCAGAGGGCGGGGGGGCGGCGGCAGAGGGCGGGGGGGCGGCGGCAGAGGGCGGGGGGCGGCGGCAGAGGGCGGGGGGCGGCGGCAGAGGGCGGGGGGGCGGCGGCAGAGGGCGGGGGGGCGGCGACAGAGGGCGGGGGGGCGGCGACAGAGGGCGGGGGGCGGCGACAGAGGGCGGGGGGGCGGCGACAGAGGGCGGGGGGCGGCGACAGAGGGCGGGGGGGCGGCGACAGAGGGCGGGGGGGCGGCGACAGAGGGCGGGGGGGCGGCGACAGAGGGCGGUGGGGGGCGGCGACAGAGGGCGGGGGGGCGGCGACAGAGGGCGGGGGGGCGGCGACAGAGGGCGGGGGGGCGGCGACAGAGGGCGGGGGGGCGGCGACAGAGGGCGGGGGGGCGGCGACAGAGGGCGGGGGGCGGCGACAGAGGGCGGGGGGCGGCGACAGAGGGCGGGGGGCGGCGACAGAGGGCGGGGGGGGCGGCGACAGAGGGGCGGGGGGCGGCGACAGAGGGCGGGGGGCGGCGACAGAGGGCGGGGGGGGCGGCGACAGAGGGCGGGGGGGCGGCGACAGAGGCGGGGGUCGGCGACAGAGGGCGGGGGUCGGCGACAGAGGGCGGGGGGGCGGCGACAGAGGGCGGGGGGCGGCGACAGAGGGCGGGGGGGCGGCGACAGAGGGCGGGGGGGCGGCGACAGAGGGCGGGGGGGCGGCGACAGAGGGCGGGGGGGCGCGACAGAGGGCGGGGGGCGCGACAGAGGGCGGGGGGCGGCGACAGAGGCUACUGGAGCGAGAGUUUGGCAGCACUCUGGCGGACGCUCCGGGUGGCCCUGGUUCGGCUACAGUGUGUGCUCGGCAGCGCGUGGCGCCGGACAGCGAGUUGGCCGGCCGGCUGUCCGGCCAGCGGCGGAGCGGCUUAACGCCGCCUCCAUUACGGGGCGAGAUUGCCGACGCCACUGUGCCGCACCGCGGCGUGCAGCGGCGGUCGGCGCCGGCCGGACGCCGGCCCAGGGACCGCACAAUGCCGGCGCGGCCUUUUGUUCGCCGGGUUGCCGGGUCGCGCCUUCCUGCCGCCCAACUCACAGCCGCCAGACGGAAGUCCGGCGAUACAAGUGCCUGUCGGGGUCGCCACUUCAGCCGAAACGUCCUCUCGGCAGUCAGCGAGGGGUCCCAGUCGUACGUCCACUGUGCGUUUGACGUAGCAGCCACACCUACUCCGAUCGCAGCUCAGACAGACUCCCUGACCUCUAACGUCGUGACAAAGCCUAGCAAGGAUUAUUUCGCCUUCACGCAUUUUGGCGGAACUCCAAACCAAAUUAGGAUUCUUCGUAUAUCCAACUGA